ACCUGCUGCAUCUGAAAAGGUAAAUGCGGGUUUCGGAUUGGGCUGCUGCCGCCUUUGCGUUUCAGAAAUCAGCCCUCUGCCGGCAAAUGAACAGCUGGGCGGGAUAGUGUACUCCAGGCUGCAGGAUCCGAUACCUGCAGGCGCGCGGGCGUCUCUUCUUAUUCUCCUGAUGAAGAUUCAAUCACGGCAUCGUCCUGCAGCAGGAAAGUUAGUUAGCACAGGAGAGAAACGGAUCUGGGAAUCUCCUCUUCUCCUGGCUGCCAAAGAGAACAAUGUUCAGGGUCUUAAGAAAUUAAUCCAAGAUGGUUCUUGUGACAUUUAUCAAAGAGGAGCGAUUGGGGAGACUGCUCUCCAUGUAGCCACCCUCUAUGAUUGCACAGAAGCUGCUGACUUUCUUCUGGAAGUGGCUCCAGAACUCAUCAAUGAGAAAAUGACAUCAGCCCUUUAUGAAGGACAGACAGCACUCCACAUUGCAGCAGUUAAUCAAAAUGUGCAUUUAGUGAGAUGUCUGCUGAAGAAGAGGGCUCACAUUUCUACUCCUCGAGCUACAGGACACUUCUUCAGGCGUAACUCCUCACAUCGCUCCUAUUUUGGGGAGCAUGUUUUAUCUUUUGCGGCCUGUGUGGGCAAUGAGGAAAUUGUUCAUCUAUUAAUUGAAAAUGGAGCUGAUAUCAGGGCACAAGAUUCUCUAGGAAACACAGUUCUUCAUAUUCUAGUUCUUCAGCCAAACAGGACAUUUGCAUGCCAGAUGUACAAUCUCAUCCUUUCCUAUGACAAACAAGAAGGGAACUUGGAACCGUUGGACUUGAUUCCCAACAAUGAAGGUCUUACUCCAUUCAAACUAGCUGGAGUUGAGGGUAACACUGUGAUGUUCCAGCAUCUUUUGCAAAAGCGUAAGCAAAUAAUGUGGUCUUUGGGACCUAUUACUACCAUUCUCUAUGAUCUUACAGAAAUUGAUUCCUGGGGUGAAGACCAAUCUUUUCUGGAACUUGUUGUGUCAACAAAGAAAAGAGAGGCUCGCCGUAUCCUAGAUAUUACUCCUGUGAAGGAACUUGUGAACCUGAAGUGGAACACAUACGGGCGUCCUUAUUUCUGUUUCCUGGCUCUGUUUUAUGUCCUCUAUAUGAUUUGCUUCACCAUGUGCUGCGUUUAUAGACCACUGAAAAAUCGCUCAGAUAAUCAAACGGACGAGCGGGAUAACACCAUCAUUGUGCAGAAAACAUUGGAGGAAUCAUAUCUGACAUAUGAAGAUCAACUCAGGCUUGUGGGAGAGUUAAUUACAGUGAUUGGAGCCAUGGCAAUUUUACUCCUAGAGAUUCCAGAUAUUCUAAGAGUUGGAGCCACAAAGUACUUUGGACAAACUAUCCUGGGAGGACCUUUUCACAUAAUAAUCAUCACAUAUGCCUGUGUGAUCCUGAUAACCAUGGUAAUGCGACUCACCAGCACAGAAGGAGAAGUGGCCCCCAUGUCCUUUGCCCUGGUGUUGGGCUGGUGCAAUGUCAUGUACUUUGCACGAGGAUUUCAGAUGCUUGGGCCUUUCACCAUCAUGAUACAGAAGAUGAUAUUUGGUGACCUUAUACGUUUUUGUGGGCUAAUGGCUGUUGUCAUAUUUGGCUUUGCCUCAGCUUUCUACAUCAUCUUUCAGACAGAAAAUCCAAGCAAUCUGGGACAAUUCUAUAAUUACCCCAUGUCUCUCUUCAGUACGUUUGAGCUCUUCCUUACCAUCAUAGAUGGACCAGCCAACUAUGAUGUGGAUCUGCCAUUCAUGUUCUGUGUGGUGUAUGCUGCUUUUGCUAUCAUUGCUGCUUUGCUCAUGCUCAACCUGCUCAUUGCUAUGAUGGGUGACACUCAUUGGCGAGUAGCCAAUGAACGAGAUGAGCUUUGGCGAGCACAGGUUGUUGCUACUACAGUCAUGCUUGAACGGAAACUCCCACGAUGUCUUUGGCCUCGGUCUGGCAUUUGUGGCCAAGAGUACGGGUUAGGAGACAAGUGGUUUCUCAGGGUGGAAGAGCGUUUGGAUAUCAGCAAGCACAAGAUGUUACGUUAUGCAGAGGCAUUUAAAAACCAAGACAAAGAGGAUUUUGAUAAGUAUUCUGGGAAACUAUAUCAACCCGAACCUUUCCGAAUCAAGAAAGAAACAUCUCCAUCGGUCUCACGAAGUACUACUCAAAGUAGCUUCCACCGUGGUUGGCAAAUCCUGCGGAACAAUACCUUCAGCCACCUUCGUGGGGAAGUAAAUCAUGCUUUGGAAGAAGAGAUCUAUCACGUCUGAUAUGCCUCUUGAAUAACUGGUCACAUUUACUGGUGCUUUGUGCUGCUUCACAAAUUCUUCCAGUAGCUGGUGGGAUCUGGGGGCAGUAAUAUCAGGAUUCAGGAUGACUUCAAUCUUCCUAAGUUCAUCUUUUUCCUUGUUCUCUAAACGACCAACUCUGCCAAAAAUUUAGAUUAAAACAAGAAAAAAGAUAAACCAGCUAACUUCUAGCGUUCAGUGGCGCAGUACUGUAAGCUGGUACUGUGCAGUACUGCAAGCUGCUACUACUGCAAUUUGGCAGAUCGAAUACCACCAGGCUCAGGGUUGACUCAGCCUUCCAUCUUUUCGAGAUGGGUAAAUUGAGGACCCAAAUUGUUGGGGGCAAUAUGCCGACUCUGUAAACUGCUUAGAGGGGGCUGUAAAGCACUAUAAAGUGGUAUAUAAGUCUAAGUGCUAUUGCUGUUGCUAUUCCAGCAACUUUUUAAAGAGGUUGAGCAUUAGUUUAUUGCUUUCCCAUUGUUCCACCAAAAGAUUGAAAAAAGUUGCUGUUAUUUUUUAUAUAGGACUCCAGUGCACUUUAAGUUAAAUAGGUGACAUGGAAUUUUAUCCCAGGUACAAUUUUUGUAGUCAAUAGGAUAGUAUUCCUUUUCUUGGCUGAAUUGAAUUCUGCUAAUGUUUCCCUUGGGGAGAGGAAUAAUGAAAAGGUUUACAAACUUAAUUGUAUUAAUAUACAGCCUCCUCUGUUUAUUCUUGCUGGCUUGGAAUCAAGCCUGUUACUACUCUUGACCUGCUACUAUACAGGACUAGAAUUUUGCUUAGAGCAAAUCUAAAAAUAAAACCCUAAUUAACUAAAAUCCUAACUUUAAGUCUAACUUAGUAGGUGAACUUCCCAAAAGUAUUGUGUUUCCCUAAGAAGACAUCAAGAUUUGCUUAAAGUAGUAUACAAAGUAAUACUAAACAUUUUUACUCAGCCAAAAAUAACUGCAAUUAAUUUGAGUGAAAUGUUUCAGAGGGCUUUUCGCAGUCUACUUCCAAAGUGAUGGUUCAGAGUCAGCCUUUCCUACAGAUCCAACUUGAAAAGAUCAUCUUUCCAAAUAUAAAGUGAAGCAAAGCAGGUGCUGCUUUAAUUUAUCUCUAGCUUUCUUACCACUUCAAACUUUACUCCAGAAGGAAAAAGCCAAUAUUUCAUCACUUAAAGCAAAUUAAUAACUUGUGCCUUUCCAGCAGCUGAGUGGAAAAUUACUCCAAUUCCUUUGCAGCAGGAACAAUGAGAGAAGGUUCUAGCUGGUCAUAUUCGCCUUUCAGUUGCCCUCGUAUAUUGACCUGAACUAUGUAGCAUUAAAAAGUGAUGCAGACAGUUUUCAGGCAUUGUCAGCCUGAUUUCUGCUUGAUCUACUACUGCAUGAACUUGGCUCUGGCCUUAAGGAUGAGUUGGCUUGAUUCUCAUUCCAUAACGAAAAUGCAUUUUCUAUGCACAGAUGUCUGACAACUCAGGAAUUUCUAGCUGUAUUUUAAAGUUUGUCACACUGGCCAAGGGUUCCUGAAGGACUCUGCCUGCUACUAAUGACCUUGCUCUUGGUUGAGCUUGAGAAAAGAAAGCUAUGAGCGCAUUAUUAGACAUACCUUCAGGGACCAAUUAAAUGUUCGAUGGGAGGAUGCCACUUAAAUUGAUUUCAAACCCAGAUGAUGCCUCUCUGCCACCUCGGAACUUCUCUGAACUCACAGACUUGGGGUGAGAGAAGGAUUUCUAAAGAAGAAAUGGGAAGGAACUUUUUUAUCCAAGGAUGAAAUUCAGAAGCUACCUCUUCAAGUUGAAGUUGGAGAUUUGUCAGAUCACUGUGAUGAACUGAACUAGUCUUUAUUAGUUGUGGUUAUGUGUAUUUCCUUUGUAGAAUGUUGCACUGUAUGUCUGUGAAAAUACAUAUUUGCACAUGUAUAAAACUGAUCUAUGAUGCUUUAGGGAGUUUGAAAGGUAAUUUCAUUUUAUGUCUUAAUAUUCUGAUUUCAUAUUCUCUCAAAUGAAGUAUUAGUUAAAUUCCUUAGGGGUUAUUAAUAGUUUAGUAAUUUAUCUAGCUGGCACAGAUCUUAGUUUCUCCAAGUAAUUGGACAAGGAUUUGAAUUAGAUUGGACAUUGGUUUGGAUUAGAAAUGAUUGGACAGGCACUGAAGAGGUUACGUAGUCUGCUAAUAAAACAACUAUAAAACCAUAAAACAAAGCAAACAAACAACCAAGCUCAGAGAUCACCAAGGACUGCAUGACUGGAUAAGGACCUGCGCCAUGGCUCACAUCAUCUAUGAUGUAAUUAAUGGGGUACCAGGAUAUUUGGGGCAGGGCCAUUGGUCUUUUUUCCUGGACUCUGCCAGGAAAUUGUGUUUUAGAAUAUGCAUUAAUUAAAAUACAAUCCUGCUAACAGGAAUAGAAUACAUAGUUUCAGCUCUCUAACAUUCAGCUUUUGGAGACACAGGAUUUUAUCAGUGGUGAUUUUUUUUAGUAAGGUAGUAAUGAAUGAAUGAAUGAAUUCUUUAUUGGCCAAGUGUGAUUAGACACACAAGGAAUUUGUCUUGGUGCAUCUGCUCUCAGUGUACAUAAAAAGAAAAGAUACAUUCGUCAAGAAUCAU